UCAAGAUAAUUUUUGGUCGAAAAAGAAAUAAAAAAAUAAUCAUUUAUAAUUAAAAAAAAUAAUUAAUUAAGUUUAAUUAACGGUUAUUAAAUAUAGUUGAAAAGGAUAAAAGUAUUUUUUAGAAGUUUUAUACGUAGUAUAGAAUAAAAAUGUCUGAUUAAAAAUUUUUGUUUCAAUAAAAAAAAUAAGUAGCUUCUAAAUUUAUCAAUGUGUAUGUUUGUUUAAGUUAACACAAACAAAUAUUUUGGAUAUAUAAAUUCAGGAUUUUGUUUAGUUGCUUAAGUGGUAAUUUGAAUGAAGAAUAUUUUCGGAAAAAUGUUGAUGUGUUUGUAUGACAAAUCUUCGUACAAGAAAAAAUGGUGGUCCUGGAUGGAAUAAAACCAGUUUUUUGGCAUUUUUUUCUUUGUUUAAUUAAAUUGAUUCGUUUAAAAGAAAAGUCUUAAUUAUUAUAAGAUUAAUUAAGUCAUUAUUAAUAAAGUAAAAUAUAAGUUUAGUAAAGUACUUCAAAAAUAUAGAGAUUUAAAAGAUGCCGAGUGCUUCGUUUACAUCUUCAAGAUCUUAUGUUCGUCGAUCAAGAAGAAAGGGUGGGAACCGUAUAGCUUUGCCAUCAAGAGCUUCUGCUAAUAUGUUAGAGCCAAACUUGCAGCAAAAUCUUCCUAACAAUAAUCCAUCAACAUCUAGUAGUAACACUUCUGACAUAAAUAAUUUAUCACUAUCUAGCGCAGCGUCAAAUUUAUCAGAUGUAGCAUGUACAGCAUCUACUUCAAGUAACAACACAAAUAUAAAUUCCGAAAUACAGAAUCCAAUACUUUCAAACUUGAUGUCAACUUCGCCAACGGGAAACAAUAAAUCAAAUGAAAAUCUUAUUACCCCGCCUCAAUUACAAUCAAACUAUAGAACAAUUUCAUCCUUAUCAACAACGGUGUCAUCAAAUGCCAUUAUUGGCAGUAGUAAUAUUAAUACAUGCCAGUCUAUCUCAUUAAAUAACCAAAAUAAUGAAAGCACUAAUUUAAGUUUAUCAUCGUCCACUUCUGGAAGUGCGUGUACUGUUAAUUCUAUUUCAAGUAUAACAUGUAAUAAUAGCACUGAUAACUCUAGUAGUGCUAAUAAUAGUGUAAAUCCCACCUGCUCUUUAGCUUCAGCAAAUUCUAACGUAGCAUCAUCACAUUCUGGAGGUUCUUCGUCACCACAAUCUUGUAACACAGCACCAUCUACCACUGCGGCAACCGCCACUUCGUCAACUUCAUCGUUAACCGGAUGUAGUCAUCAAUCGCCAUAUGAUCUGCGACGCAAAAUCAAUCAUGAUUCUUUUUGGUGCAAUUCAAACGGCAAUAGUAGUAAUUCUAGUAGUUCAUCCAAUGGUGCCAAUGCAACAGGAAACAGUGCUUGCUUAAAUCCUAAUGGGAUAAAUUUAACAUCAGCUUCGACGUCUGGCAAUGCGCAUUAUAGUAUUCAGUGUGAUGAUAGUUGUUAUAUGCUUCCAGCUAGAAAGCGUCCCCGACGCAUGUAUACAUCAAGCAGCACAAUGAUAACAGGAGCCUCAACUGCCGCCUCAGCAACAUCAUUAGAUAUUUGUAGUCCUACAGCUGCACAUUAUUUGCAAUAUGAAAUGCCCGAUGAGGUUUUACUAACUAUAUUUUCCUACUUGUUAGAGCAAGAUUUAUGUAGAUUAUCUUUAGUUUGUAAACGAUUUAACACAAUUGCUAAUGACACUGAAUUGUGGAAAAGACUAUAUCAGUCUGUUUAUGAAUAUGAUAUGCCAUUGUUUAAUCCAAAAAUUUGUGAAUUUUUAUUUAUAAAACCAGACGAAUCUGAAUAUGCAAAUCCAUGGAAAGAAAGUUUUCGUCAACUCUACAGAGGAAUUCAUGUUAGGCAAGGUUACCAAGAUAAAAAAUUUAAAGGUAGAAAUAUACUGCAUUUUAAUACUAUACAAGCUGCGCUGGACUACCCAGAAGAAAGAAAUUUAAGUAGUACUUCUAACAAUAGUGUAGCACUAAAUGCAGCAGCAAUAAUGGGAGUUGCUGCGGCAGGGGGUGCAGCUGCUGCAUUGUUGGUAGGUGCGGCUAAUGGAGGUGGUGGUGGAGGCGCUGCUGCUGCUGCAGCUGCCGUUGCUGGUCCAGUAGCUGGAGAACGUGCUCCUAGUAACUUGUCUGGCAUAAACCAAUCAAAUUCAGCCAAUGGAUUUGAUGAUCUAUCUAAUUCUGAAACAAAUGGAAACUUAAUAUUUUUACACGCAGGCCAUUAUAGAGGAGAGUUUUUGUUCAUAGAUUCUGAUGUAGCGUUGAUUGGUGCAGCAUCAGGUAAUGUUGCCGAAUCUGUCGUCUUGGAACGCGAGUCAGGAUCGACUGUAAUGUUUGUAGAAGGAGCUAAACAAGCUUAUGUUGGAUAUAUGACAUUGAAAUUUUCACCAGAUGUGACUUCAACAGUUUCACAUCAUAAACAUUAUUGCUUAGAAAUCAGCGAGAAUUGUAGUCCUACAGUUGAUAAUUGCAUUAUUCGUAGUACAUCAGUCGUAGGCGCUGCUGUAUGUGUUGGUGGCGUUGGUGCUAAUCCUGUUAUCAAAAAUUGCGAUAUUAGUGAUUGUGAAAAUGUUGGUUUAUACGUGACAGACUAUGCUCAAGGAACAUACGAACAUAACGAAAUCAGCCGAAAUGCUUUGGCCGGAAUAUGGGUAAAGAAUUUCGCAAGCCCAAUAAUGAGAGAAAAUCACAUACACCAUGGUCGAGACGUUGGUAUUUUUACCUUCGAAAAUGGAAUGGGUUACUUUGAGAAAAACGACAUUCAUAAUAAUAGAAUUGCAGGGUUUGAAGUAAAAGCAGGUGCUAAUCCGACUGUAGUAAAAUGUGAAAUUCAUCAUGGUCAAACUGGUGGAAUAUACGUACACGAAAACGGUUUAGGGCAAUUCAUUGAAAACCGAAUACAUUCUAAUAAUUUUGCAGGAGUUUGGAUAACUUCAAAUAGCAAUCCAACUAUUCGAAAAAAUGAAAUAUAUAAUGGUCAUCAAGGGGGCGUAUACAUUUUUGGGGAAGGAAGGGGAUUGAUUGAACACAAUAAUAUAUAUGGAAAUGCUUUGGCUGGAAUUCAAAUUCGCACAACAAGUGAUCCUAUAGUGAGGCAUAAUAAGAUUCACCAUGGUCAACAUGGUGGAAUAUAUGUUCAUGAAAAAGGGCAAGGUCUAAUUGAAGAAAAUGAAGUUUAUUCUAACACACUUGCAGGUGUUUGGAUUACAACAGGAAGUACUCCAGUGUUACGCAGAAAUAGAAUACAUUCUGGGAAACAAGUUGGGGUUUAUUUUUAUGACAAUGGGCACGGAAAACUAGAAGAUAACGAUAUAUUUAAUCAUUUGUACUCUGGAGUACAAAUUCGUACCGGAAGCAACCCAGUUAUAAGAGGUAAUAAAAUCUGGGGAGGACAAAAUGGAGGAGUUUUGGUUUACAACGGUGGAUUAGGUCUUCUUGAACAAAAUGAGAUAUUUGAUAAUGCCAUGGCAGGUGUCUGGAUCAAAACCGAUUCAAAUCCAACAUUGAAACGCAAUAAAAUUUAUGAUGGUCGUGAUGGAGGAAUAUGUAUUUUCAAUGGAGGAAAAGGAAUUCUUGAAGAUAAUGACAUUUUUCGAAAUACCCAAGCUGGAGUUUUGAUAUCAACUCAGUCUCAUCCAAUUUUAAGAAGAAAUAGAAUAUUUGACGGCUUAGCUGCAGGUGUAGAAAUAACUAACAAUGCUACAGCAACUUUAGAACAUAAUCAAAUUUUUAGUAAUAAAUUUGGAGGUCUGUGUCUAGCAAGUGGUGUCCAACCAAUAGUUAGGGGUAAUAAAAUUUUUAAUAAUCAGGAUGAAGUAGAAAAGGCUGUCUCUGGAGGACAGUGCUUGUAUAAAAUCAGCAGUUAUACAUCAUUUCCAAUGCAUGAUUUCUAUAGAUGUCAAACGUGCAAUACAACAGAUCGUAAUGCCAUUUGUGUUAAUUGUAUUAAGAAUUGUCACGCUGGCCAUGACGUUGAAUUUAUUCGGCAUGACAGGUUUUUCUGCGAUUGUGGUGCUGGCACCUUAACAAAUCAAUGCCAGUUACAGGGGGAACCUACUCAAGAUACAGACACUUUAUAUGAUUCGGCAGCACCAAUGGAAUCUCAUACACUGAUGGUAAACUAGGGUCUUGUUAUUUUUAUAAUUCUGUGUUAAUAGAUAUUAAUAUUUUUUAAACAUAAAAAUAAUAAAACCCUUUUAAAUUAUUAUUUAUUGAAAAAUAAAAUAAUUAUAAAAGUUUAGUAUUUCUCAUUCAAUAAUAUAAUUAUGUAAAAUAUAGUAUAGAAAUUUAAAUAUAAAAGCUGUAAUCUUAAUGAGAUUAAAGUAAGUUAAAUUGUUUUAACUUUAUCCAGUUCAAAAUUUACGAAGGAAUUUCAAGUACACAUAAAUAUUUGAAAAAUUCUACCAAUUUUUGAUUUAAAGUAAAUAAUUUUAAAGCUACAUAGAGAAAUUAAAACAUAAAUUUGACUUAGUUUAUUCUCAUUGUGUGGCAGCUUUUUAACUAAACUAAAAACAUUAAAUAGAUAACUUACUCUUAAAAUAUGUUUAAAAUGUUUUCAAAAUUAUUUGAUUUCCAAAUUUGUAUACAGUAAGAAUUAUAUUGAUUUAUUUAAAAAAAACAAGGAAAUUAACAUAAAUUUAAAAUAAACCUUUUUCUUAUUCAGAAGCUAUUUAUCAAAAACUUAGGAAAACCAAACUUAUACACACAUGCACAUACAUAUAAAUAUAUGUACGUAUGUAUGUAUGUAUGUAUAUAAUAACAAUGGUAACAUUAUAUUGAAAAAUUUUUAAUUCUUAACAAUAUAUUAAAAAAUUACAAAAUUAUAGAACUCAAAUGUAAAAUUGACCAAUUGUCUUGAAAAUAUUUGAAUUAACAGUUUACUUUUAAGGAACGACAAAUAAUUGAAGGAUUAAUUUCAGAAAAAUAUAUUUAAGCUUACGACUGUUUUACAUUCUUAAUUUUUAAAAUAUUUGAUCAAAACACAAUAGUUUUUUUAAAUAAAUUGCUAAUCUAACAUCUGUAAUUUGUUCAUUAUCAAGUGUGCUAAAAAAAGAACAAACCACAAUUUUAAUGAUUCUAA